GCCUGUCACACACACACAGAGAGAGGAUUUAGCAUUAAUUUUCUCCCCGUCUGAUCCUCCCGAACUCCAAGGAUCGAGAAAUCUGCUGGGAAUCUGAGGCGAGAUCUCCCAGCUCUCAACCCUAUCUCUGUCGCUGAGAAUGGAACUGAGCCUAUUAAUUGACAUCUUGCAAACGGGUGACCAGGAUGCGGUACAGAAUGCACUGCUAGAAUUCAACAGAGAGUAUGCCCAGAGCUUCUUUUUCAAUGCAGAGGAGAGAGAGAGGAGAAAGUUCAGGAAAAUGAAACACACAGAGUACUUUUCCAACUCGGAUUCCGACUCUGAUUCCGGCCAUUCAGAUGAUCCUGAGGUGAAGCUGAGAAAGAAAAUCGGGGAGUUACUGAUUGACUCCUUGAGCUGGGACCUUCAGCCCUGCUGCCAGCUAGUGAUCCUGGAGGCCAUUCGCAUCCUAUCGAGGGACAAGCACGGCCUAGCGCCCUUCGCCCACGCCGAAUCCAUGCACCUGCUGGCCCAGCUGGCCGGGCUGGAGGUGGCCGAGGAGGGCGGCCUUCCGAAAGCUUCCGACAGCGAGGUCGCCUCCGAGGCGCUCAAGUGCCUGUGCAACACGGUCUACAACAGCGAGGAGGCCCAGAGAGUGGCGGCGGAGGAGGUGCCGCUGGUUAGGGGGUUGACCCGCCGCCUGAAGUCAGAAAGCGGAUUGCCCGGCAGCGGCCGCGACACCACCCGCUUCUACGAGCUGCGCCUGACCUUCCUGCUGACCGCCCUGCGCCUGGAUGUCCGCAGGCAGCUGGCCCACCAGCUCCACGGUGUGGCAUUGCUGGCAGAUUCCCUGGAGGCCGCUCUCGGCCUACGGUGGUUGGAUGUGCACGAGGUGGCAACCUCAAGACCCGGGAAUCCGCUCCUGCGCGACGUGACCGAGCGAGCCAUGGAGAUCCUCAAAAUCCUCUUCAACAUCACGUUCGAGACCAGCAAACAACAAGUGGAUGAGGAGGAUGCUGCUCUCUACCGCCACCUGGCAGCUAUUCUGCGCCACUGCCUGCUGACUGACAGCGACAGUAAGGAGCGGACGCAGGAAUUUCACGGCCACACAGUCAAUGUCUUGGUCAAUCUGCCGCUGAUGUGUUUAGAUGUGCUCCUCACUCCGAAGGUGGAACCAGGAUCGGUGGAAUACAUGGGAAUGAACAUGGACACUGUGGAGGCUCUGCUAGAUUUCAUGAACAGGAGAUUGGACAGGGGUCUGAAGCUGAGGGAAUCUCUGACUCCAGUCCUCAACCUCCUGACGGAGAGCUCCCGUUAUCACCGAGAGACUCGCAAGUUCCUGCGUGCCAGGGUCCUGCCCCCGCUCAGGGAUGUGAAGAACCGCCCGGAGGUGGGAGAAGCCUUGCGGAAUAAGCUGGUUCGCCUGAUGACUCAUGUCAACACAGAUGUGAAGCACUGCGCAGCCGAAUUCCUGUUUGUGCUGUGCAAAGAGAACGUUUCCCGUUUUGUGAAAUACACGGGAUACGGGAAUGCAGCUGGGUUGCUGGCCGCCCGCGGACUCCUGGGGGGAGGAAGAGGAGAUGGAAAAUAUUCCGAGGAGGAGGACACCGACACAGAGGAAUAUAAAGAGGCCAAACCGAAUAUAAACCCGGUGACAGGGCGAGUUGAGGAGAAGCUGCCGAACCCCAUGGAUGGAAUGACAGAUGAACAGAAGGAAUAUGAGGCCAUGAAGCUUGUCAGCAUGUUCGACAAACUGUCACGAGAACAAAUUAUCCAGCCAAUGGGAGUAGGCUGUGAUGGGAAGCUCACACCAUUGGACGAGACAGUGCAACAAAUGGCGGAACAGAUAUCAUUUCAUUCAGACUCUGAUAUGGAGUUAGACUGAAAAGAUACGACAGAAAUGUGAAUAACAUAUGGAAAUACAAACACUGGUGACCUUCCAAUAACCAGCGAUGAACUCAAUGGGAUUGGGGCCCUGGGACAUUCAUCAACAAACUGUGAAGAACAAUCUUCAAAGCGUGAAGAUAGUCAAAGGGAUAUUUUAAAAAAAAGGAGCUAAACUUUCAACACAGUCUUUAGCAGAGGGAGAGGAAAAUUUAGAUUUUAGGACCUUUUGCUGAUCUCUGUUUUGUGGUCCCUCUUUGUUAUACUUUUGGGUCCCUGCUUUCAGUUUGUUAUCAGUUGUCAAUGCUCAGCAACAAGAGUAAGCUUAUCUUUCUAAGUGUGCUACUCUCUCACCUUGAUCUGAAAUGCUUCAUGUUUCCUUGGGAUGUUGUGUUGGGGUGCGUGGUGGGGUUUGGACGGUGUUGAGAGAGAGCAAUGGAAUUAAUCAGCCACUCACCAGGAAAUUUAAGCUUGUUGUAAAUUCGCUAUGAGUGUGUCUCGCUGACGAUAAUUCAUUUGGAACCCCUUCCUCAAUUCUUUUGUCCCAUCCUUUGAGAUGCUCCUUAAAGCCUCUUUGAUGUCACUUGGAGUCAUUGAGCUUUUUAACAGGACCAAGAAAGGCCCUUUAUAUCCACAUUGAUCAACAAAUUUCUACCUAUUCUAAUCCUAUUUCCUGGCACUUAGCCCUUGGUCCUGUAUACAGUGGUGUUUCAAGUAUUAAUCUAAAUACUUCUUUAAUGUUACUAAAGCUCCUCCCUCUACCACCCUGCUUCCUCUAAAAUUUCCCCUCUAAACCUUCUGCUCCUUAUCUUAAAAACUGUACCCCCUGGUUAUUGACACCUUUACUACGGGAAAAGGUUUCUAAUUUGUCUACUCCCCUCAGAACUAUGUGGCAUCUCAACCAGGUCUCCCUCACUGCCUUCUUAUUGUGCUAAUAUCUCCUCAGUGACUUGGUGUAAUGAUUAAUUUGAUAAUAUUCCAGUGGGAUGUCUCAUGAUGCUAAGGGCGUUAUGUUGACUCUCACAUUCCAUGCACUUUCCCCCCUUUCUGUUGCAUGAUUAAUUGCCCCAUCUCCCAUGCCAUCUCCUGAGGGAGGUGGGGGCUGUGGUUUGGGAGGGGUUGUUAAUCUCCCAGCAUUUCCCUUCCACCUGCUGGGGAGCUCAGAGAUCUGCCACCAUGCUGUGAACUCAGCCUCCAGUAGGUCAUAGAGUCAUAAGGAUGUACAGCAUGGAAACAGACCUUUUGUUCCAAUUUGCGCACACUGACCAGACAUCCUAAAUUAACCCAGAGACA